AAGCUCACAAGUACUAUGGCGUCAUCACAUUGUACAUCCGGUGACGCGAAGCUCACAAGUUCUUUCCCUUUAACUCCUAUUAAAAGGGCGAGCGGUGAGGGUGAAGAGCGAAGCCGUGCGGUCUCCCGCUCCAUGGACGACUCCUCCAAACGCAGGCGACGCGGCGACGAGGACUACCGCCGCCCGUCCAACCCGCGCGCUGCGACGGGGGGCGAUUCCCAUGUGACCGACGACGAGGUCGAGGAGUUCUUCGCCAUCCUCCGCCGGAUGCGCGACGCCCGACCGGGCCCCAAGUGGAGCCCGGCGUUCGCGUGGGAGGACUUUUUCGGUGCCGACGCGACCAAGAAAGGCGGAGCCACUGCUGACGCUUGCGCGUCGGAUGCGGCCGCGGCCGGGGCGAAGAGGGAGCAGAAGGACGCGGCGCCGCGGCGAUGCCUCGACCUCAACGCGGACCCGGAGCCGGAGGGAGUCGGUCGUCGGAUCGCUACGGUGAGGUUACCCCCCGCUUACCCCUUCUUUCCUUAGUCCUAAGCGGCACCUGAUCGCUUGGACUUGAUCGCCGGUAAUCGACACUGCAUGGCACCGACUCUUUUUAUUAUUUUUGAUGUGUCCUCUCUCUUUAAUUGACAUGACGUGUUACGCAUUUCAUGUGAACGAAUUUAAUAUGCUGUUUAUCUUAUCAAUAAAACAUUUUAAUAUUUUA